AUGGAUGAUAUAUGUGGAAAAUUUGUUGUUUUGAGGAAUUAUUUACCCGAUGAAUUAGACGGGCACGCAACACUUGAACUAAAAGAUAUUACUAAUUUCAAAGAUUACUGCCCUAAAGAAGACUGCGAUACUGAACUAGAAAAAAAUACGAUUGGAUUUUUAUGGUUACUUGGACACUGUUUUUAUGCAUUAAAAAAUAAAAGUAAUAUUGAUACUAAUGCAUUUUUUAUAUAUAUUAUUUCAUGGAUUAGUUACAAAUUAAAGCAAUCCACAAAUGAGAAUUUCACCACAAUAAAAGAUUUUUUUACUAAUAGUGUAAUUGAUAAUGUUAAGUAUAGUAAAUUUACAAGUCAAGCCUUUAAAAUUUCAGAUCUUGACGAAUACAUGAAGAAACGAAAUGAUUUGAUGAAUAUUAAUAUUGAAGAUAUGUCUAAAUUAUAUGAUGCAUUUAAAUUAUUAUGUAAUAUGUAUAGUGAAGUUGCAACGAAUAAAGAUGACAACACACUAUUAGAUAAUGCUAAUCGUUUUGUUCAAAAAUAUACAGAGCUCACCAAUUAUAAUAUUGAAGAUACCCCACGUAGUCAAAUAUUGUCUACUUUAUUAACUGAUUAUAAUAAUUUAAAAAUUAAAUGUAAAGAUUGUACAUUCCUUCCAGAUAUAACAAACAUUUCUGCACUAGCAUCUGUAGAUACAUCAUCAAGUUCGUCGAUAGGAAAAAGAUUAUUUGCAGUUUUAUCGAUAUUUGGUGCAAUAGCAUUUUUUUUAGGAAUAUCUUAUAAGUAUUCGUUAUUUGGAUUUCGUAAACGAGCUCAAAAACAAUAUUUAAGAGAAAAAAUAAAAAAAAUAAAGAAGAAAAUGAAUCAUUAA